CGGUAUCGUAACGACGGACCGACCACGUGAUCAGCCUCCCAUCUACACCUCCGGAGGCGCUUGUGGUGCUUGGUCGGUUUCUACUCACUUCCCUCCGAACAUGCCAUGAUGAUCCAGUCACAAGCACUAGGCAUCUUGGCGACGGCCCCAUGGGUAUGCUCUCGGUGUCUGCUGCGAUCUAGUCGAGUCUUCCUAGGCCGCUGGCCAGUGGCACAGCGGCGACGUCUGAACACAAGCGCAAGCCUCUCGCCCGCGCUCUUUGCGCGCGCUAGAUCUCUGGCAACGGAGCAUUCUACCCUCUCGACGCGCCUGGCCGACAUCUUUGAUACCCAGAUCGCGAGACGAGCCGGCGAGCUAGCACCGGUAGCGAAAUCGAUAAAGGAAUGGGACGAUGCCAACGAGUCUAUAUCAGAAUUGCAGACCCUGCUCGAUGAUCCGGACACCGACGUGGAGCUAAGGACUCUAGCACUUGAGGACUUGGAAACUAGUAAGAGGGCCUUGUCAGUAAUUUCCGAUAACCUGAAGCAGGCUCUUAUUCCUCGGCAUCCUUUCGCAACUCUUCCUUGUCUUCUGGAGAUUCGCCCCGGCGCCGGCGGAGACGAGGCGGGCCUCUUCGCUUUCGAAGUUUUUCGAAUGUACAUCGCAUUUUGCUCGCAUCGUGGCUUCCGAUCAAGCGUUAUGAAAUUGGAAGUGGGAGACGGCUCGGCGGAGGAUCGGCUGAGUGAAGCAGUCAUAGAAGUCGAAACGGAUGGAGCAUAUGACGUUCUGAGAACUGAAUCGGGAGUUCACAGGGUACAGAGAGUUCCUGCCACCGAAACCAAGGGACGGACUCACACCAGUGCCGUGAGCGUGAUGGUCCUUCCUAGUUUCCCAGAGACAGGAGGCGGCCCGGACGGCGCCCUCAACAUUGAGGAUCCAAAUAAUGAUUACUACGUCGACCCCCAGGAAGUGCGCUCCGAGAAAAUGCGAGCUGGAGGUGCUGGCGGACAGCAUGUGAACAAGACGGAGUCAGCCAUUCGUUUGACCCAUAUCCCCACGGGAAUAGCUGUUUCAAUGCAGGAAUCCCGUUCACAGCAUGCCAACCGUAAGAAAGCAUGGCAAAUUUUGCGCGCAAGGUUGGCAGAAGCUAGGCAAACGGCGAGGGAGCAGGAGAUGAUGGAGAUGAGAAGAGGAGUAUUAGGGGGCGUAGCUCGAAUGGGCCGCGGUGAUAAAAUCCGCACAUACAACUAUGGGCAAAACCGCUGUACAGAUCACCGCAGUGGCAUCACUCUUCAUAAUCUGGAUGGCGUCUUGGACGGCGGCGACGGGCUUGAUACUGUCAUGGAUAGUGUACGGGCUUGGCUCGUUGACCAAGAGGUAUCAGCUAUGGCCGCGGAAGAAUUAGCAAAGAACGCUUCGAAGAAAUAGACACUCCGCGCCUCUGCCCCCCCC